AUGAGAUUCGGUGAUGACGCGUUGCAGGUCCCGCUGCAAACGCUUGCUUUGAUUGUGGUUGCAUUGGCCAUUACCCGAGCGAAGGCGCUGCAAAUCGGAGUAGUAGAGAGCGAUCCGGAGCUGGGCGCGCGGCUGGCGGCGGCUUUAGACGCGGGGCUACGUGCAGAAGCCGAGAUCGACAGUGAGGAAAUUCAGCAGAAUGUUAAUCUCGCGCCUGUGGAACCAAACGAGCCCCUUGCGUUGUCCACCCACAUUUGCCUACAGGCUAGGGAUGGCGCGCAGGCGGUGGCCAGUGGCGUCAGCGGAAACGAGGGUGUAGCGGCGGCUGUGCGCGCCGGUGUGUUGUUGCUGUUAACGGCACCCUCGCCGCAUCGCAACCUCGACGCACUUGCCACUGCACUCGACCUCUUCCCGCAUCCCGAUGUUCUUGCAACGGCUGUGGCGGAGCUAUGUGUGGCAAAAGGCUGGCGCGACGCUGUGGUGUUGCAUGAGGGAAGUGCCCGAGCAAUACCGCUACUCACGCGACGGGACCUCCUGACACUGCGUGCACGGCAAUUACCGCCGCUGGAAGAUGACGAUGCACUCAGAAAUCUGCUGCUGAUUUUGAAAAAGUGGGGAGCAAAUAAGUUCAUAAUAUGGUGCGAAGCGGAGUGUAGCAAACGUGUGCUAGAUGCAGCACAGCGUGUUGGGCUAUUAUCGGAACGUCACGCAUACCUAUUGCCUGCACUUGACCUGCACACGCUACCUCUCGACGAUUUCAGCCAUGGAGGCGCUAAUAUUACCGCUUUGCGGCUCUUUGAACCGAACUCAACAAAUGUGUUUGAGGCGAUGCGGGUCUGGCAAGAGGAAUACAAGAAGCGACUCGGCGAAGCGGCCAACGUGGAGGAACUUGAGCAGAUUGCGGCAGCCCCGACUACCGCGCUUGUGUUGGCUUACGAUGCAGCUCGCAUCAUUGCAACUGCUCUACGCGAACUUAAGCUGAGCGACGGCGAGCGUGGCGAUUGUGAACACGGCUCUGCCGCAUUUCACGCAGACACGCUACUUAACUAUAUCAGGUCGCGCGGUUGGAAAGGCGCAAGCAGUGAGGCUGGGCUGCGCUGGGCCGCAGGUGGAGCGCGGCGAGAUGUUUCAUUACUAGCCGCGGAACUGAUCCCAGGUGGUGAGCUGCGCACAGCGGCGACGUGGUCAGCGCACGGGGGCCUGACGUGGCGUCCACGACCUCCAGCCCCACCGCCACCGACGGACUCUAUGACUAAUCGAACCUUCGUCGUCCUAAUUGCUGAGAAUAAACCAUAUAUAAUGCGGCAACAAUCAGCAGAUCGGCUGUCGGGUAACGAGCGCUAUGAAGGAUUUUGCAUCGAACUGAUCGAACGGUUGGCUCAGCUCUUGCAAUUCAACUACACCCUGGUGGAGCAGCCUGACGGUAACUAUGGUUCCCGAAACAAGACUAACGGCCAGUGGAAUGGCAUGAUGCAUCGCCUCAUGACUGACCCGGGAAUAGAUUUCGCGAUCACGGACCUAACAAUAACAGCUGAACGCGAGGAGGCAGUAGACUUCACGACGCCGUUCAUGAACCUCGGCAUUGCCAUCAUGUUCCGUCGGCCGAAGGCACCUGAACCGGCAAUGCUCGCCUUUUUACUGCCAUUUUCAAAUGGUGUGUGGUUAUGCGUUGUGCUAGCCUACCUCGGCACGUCCCUGGUGCUGUACGCUGUGGGACGGCUCUGCCCUGACGAGUGGCAGAACCCGUAUCCAUGUGUAGAGGAACCACCCGCACUUGAGAAUCAAUUCACGCUAGGAAACGCGUUAUGGUUCAACAUGGGCGCAGUGUUAAUGCAGGGUUCUGAGGUCGCGCCGGUAGCAUAUGGCACGCGAGCCGUGGCAAGCGCUUGGUGGGUGUUCGCUUUGGUUAUAGUCAAUUCAUAUACGGCCAACUUGGCCACGCUACUCGGCACUAAGACGUCCAAUGAGGUCAUCCAUGAUGUGCGUGAUCUGGCUGAUAACGAGCUUGGCAUUACCUACGGCGCUAAAGCCGGUGGUUCCACCUACACCUUCUUCGAGUAUUCUAAUAACGAGCUGUACCAGAGGAUGUAUCAAAAGAUAAAGGACCAGGACAACCCGAAGACCAACGAAGCUGGAAUUGCUAAAGUGGUAAAAGAGGAUUACGCUUUCUUUGCGGAGUCAACCACAAUCGAGUAUACCAUUGAGCGUAACUGUGAGGUCACCAUGGUCGGCGAGCAGUUAGACAGCAAGGGCUACGGGAUCGCCAUGAAAAAAAAUUCUCCGUAUCGACAUUCGUUGAACCUGGCUCUGCUUAAUCUUCAAGAGUCAGGAGUUCUCCGCGAGAUGAAGUACCGCUGGUGGAAUGAGAAGCACGGCGGUGGCGCUUGCCAGCCCAAUGAUGAAACUCUAAAUGAAGAAUUAUCGAUGCGUAACUUUGUCGGCCUGUUCCUGGUGCUGGUAGUCGGAUGCUUUCUGGGCAUAGUGGUGUCAUGCUGCGACCUCGCAUGGACAGCAUGGCAUCAUCCACGCAACCCCUCCAUGCCCUUCUCAAGGAGCUUCUGGGCUGAGCUGCGUUUUGUGUUUCGGCUUGAUCUCACCGAAAAACCAGUACGCGGACCUCUCACUCCUCCGCGUGAUUCUCCUCGCUUAGCGUCUGCGUCACCUGGCUCAGAUCGCUCGACAUCACCUCACUCGGGAUCAGUGCGCUCUGAAGAAGGACGAGAACGGUUGCGCUCGCCCUCGAACAGACGAAACAGUGCGCGACGCUCAUCAAUGCAUACAGCAAGCAUGCGCCUCGCGCGACACACUACACCGACCCCGCGCUGA